AUGGCUCGCCAAGCCACCAGACUGGUUGCGUCUCUGUCCUCCAAGCUCCGCUCUCCCAGUCCCCAGAUCACCCCGCUUUCGUCUUCCUCUUCAUCAUCCGGUUCUCUGUUGCAAUCGCGCUCCUUCGCCGCCGCUCCUUCCCCGCCGGCGGUCUUCGUCGACAAGAACACCCGCAUCAUCUGCCAGGGCAUCACAGGCAAGAACGGCACCUUCCACACCGAACAAGCCAUCGAAUAUGGCACUAAGAUGGUUGGAGGUGUCACGCCGAAGAAGGGUGGCACAGAACACCUGGGGCUUCCUGUCUUCAACUCUGUUGCAGAAGCAAAGGCUGAGACGAAAGCUAAUGCUUCCGUGAUUUAUGUUCCUCCACCAUUUGCCGCUGCAGCCAUUAUGGAGGCUAUGGAAGCUGAAUUGGACCUUGUUGUUUGUAUCACAGAAGGAAUUCCUCAGCAUGACAUGGUUCGUGUGAAGGCUGCACUUCAAAGGCAAUCCAAAACAAGACUAAUUGGUCCAAAUUGCCCUGGUAUUAUCAAACCUGGAGAGUGCAAGAUCGGAAUCAUGCCGGGAUAUAUUCACAAACCAGGGCGUAUUGGAAUUGUUUCUCGUUCGGGCACAUUGACGUAUGAGGCUGUUUUCCAAACAACAGCAGUUGGUCUUGGGCAGUCCACAUGUGUAGGUAUUGGUGGUGAUCCUUUCAAUGGGACAAACUUUGUUGACUGCAUGGAGAAGUUUCUGGCAGAUCCUCAGACUGAAGGUAUCGUUCUUAUUGGUGAGAUUGGAGGUACGGCAGAAGAGGAGGCUGCUGCUCUAAUAAAGGCAAGCAAGACAGAAAAGCCAAUCGUGGCAUUCAUUGCUGGACUCACUGCUCCACCUGGACGUCGUAUGGGACAUGCUGGAGCUAUCGUAUCGGGCGGUAAGGGAACUGCACAAGACAAGAUCAAGACACUAAAGGAAGCCGGAGUGACCGUAGUCGAAUCUCCAGCAAAGAUUGGUACCGCCAUGUUCAACGUGUUCAAGGAGAGGGGUCUGGUUAACUGA